AUGUCUGCGACUCCUCGCAAGCCUGGAACCCCGGGCAACUCGAACAAAUCUUCGAAUGCAGAUACUGCCACGGUAAAUGGGACGCCGUCGAGAAACCAUUCCCGCUCUCCCAGUGCGGCGAAUGGCUUGUCUCGCUCCCCAUCUCUACGAGGCUCGACUCCGGUCUCAGCACGUGCUGCAGCCAGAAAGCCCGGUCGCUCCAAUCUCAGCAUGUCUAAUGUCCCCAAAGUCUCCCCCGAUCCCUCCGAAGAAGAAGCACGGGCUCAGAAUGCCGCCCUCAUUGAAGAUCUAAAGGAGCAGCUACAGAAGGCCGAGUCCGCCUCAGAACAGUACCGCAAGCAACUCGGGGUUUUGCAGAUGCGCCUGGAUGAAACCGUCAGUGAGCAGGGCAAGUUGGAAGAUCAUGCCCAUGAGAAGGAUAGCAAAAUUGAAGCAUUGAACAGUGAAAUUCGUGAACAUGUUCGGCAGAUCCGUGAUCUGGAGCAGGCUCAUGAGCUAGAGCGGAACGCUAUGUUGCAGGAGAAGGAGCAACAGGCGAGCCGGGAAGAGGAGAUGCAGGCCACCAUCCAACGUUUGAAGGAGUCUCUGUCCCAGAAGGAUAUGAGAUUCAACGCCGAUGGCGACAAGAACGUUUCCCGCUCUUCCAGUUUCCGCAAUCGAUCUUCCCCUGAGGUGGAUGGACAAUUUGCACCUUCAUCCCAGAUCGAGCGAAGCCCAUCUCGGAAUAACUCGAAGCUACUUUUGCAGAAGGAUAAACUGAUUGAGUCGCUUCGGCUGGAGCUUGCGGAAUCUCAGAUCAAACUGGUGGAGAUGGAAAACAAAGGUGGCGGCCGACGAAGGGAGCUGGAGAAAGAACUGCUUGAGGCUCGUAUGGCCAACGCUCGUUUGAUGGAAGACAAUGAAAGUUACCAGCUACUUCUCAGUGAGAGAACAUUGAACGGUGACUUCACCAAAGGCGACUUCAUGCGCGAAGUGAAUCCCGACGCCUCGGAAGGCAAAGAGUCCAGCAGUGGGUUAGGUUCGCUGGCUGAUGAGCUAGAGUCCGUGGACGCAAGGGCGGAAACAGAUGACAACCGCAAACUCGAAGCGGAGAUCAAGACGUUGAAAGACCAGAAUAAAGCCUUGACUCUCUACAUCGAACGCAUCAUCAGUCGCGUCCUGCAGCAUGAAGGAUUUGAAACCAUCUUGGACAAAAACGAAAAUGAUCCCCCGGCGGCGACUAAACCGCAGCCUGUGGGCAGUAACAAGGACCUUCCGCCAACUCCUCCAGAGAAAGAUGAAUCCUCCCAGCAGACCUUCCUGCAGAGGGCAAAGUCUGUUGUCGCGGGGCCAGGUAAUCGUCCCCAGCGACCUCGUCCUACCAGCUUAAUGCCGCCGCCUACGUCCGCGGGCGCAUCUGUUGCUCCGCCAACCGCUCACGAGAAUCCGAGUACUGCCCCGAGUAUCCCAUUAAGUCGCGCCAGCUCGGUGCGAGCUGGUCAUCGCAGGACGAGAUCUGAACAGACCGAUAUUGGAGCGGCAGCGGUUGUCGGCCAAAUGUACCGUGGACGCAACUCUGGCGGUCCCAUCAGUCCCACUCUGAUGGGCCCUGGAUCUCGUCAGAGUGCUUUCUCCGGGGCUAGUUAUAUGUCCGGCAGUGGCCGCGCCCCAUCCUUAUCCAGCCAGCCUGAACACAGCCGACUCAGCAGCUCGGAUAGUGUCACAAGUGACCCAAUUGCCGAUACCGCUUCAACGGGAGCGACAUCCAGCUCGCCUCGCUCUAGUUCCGGAAUGACCAACUAUACUGGAGCGGUCAUGACCCAGAGCAAGCUUCGUCCUCUGCGGCUGGUCAGCGAAACCAAAGCAGCCGCCGAAGAAGAAGAGGCUGCCCGGAAGAGAGCAAACCGAGCAAGCUGGAUUCCUUGGUUCAACCGACCAACUUCGAGUGAAGCCACUCAGGGUUGA